CCAUUAGUCACUCGCUUGGGGAGCAUCUGAGGGGACCUAAUCGUUUUACAGCCUUAUCGAGACUUUAUUAUUGCAGCUGCUGUGUGGGAUGACAGGCAGGUGUCAUGUCACUCGGAAAGUCACUGCUUUAUAAGCAAAAGUUCAACAAACUGUAACAGCAUACGAGAAUCACAGUGUCCUCAUCUCAUGUGUUACAAGAUAUUUGGUGUGGAAGUAUACCAGAAAUAUCCCCAAGUUAAUUUUCGAGGAACAUUUUCUUCUUGGGAAAAUAUUACCUGUUGGUCAAAUUACACUGGCUAGUUCAAGGUACCAGUGUAUUGAUGGUUUUUACCAACUUCUAGAGAAGACCAAAGAUACAGACUUACAUCCGACUCUUGCUGAACACCAGCUCGUUCAGGGAUAACCAUCCUCUACUCCAGGAGUACCUUGUUAUGGAGGUUUAAAGGAUUUUUCAUAAAACCUAAGAGAAGUCUUGCAAGAUGAACAACAAGACGACCAUGUUACUCUCCAUGCCAGCUCCAAACAGCCACAAAAUAGAGGCGGGACUUAUGUUCACCAUGGCUGCAGUGGGCGGAGUUGGCAACCUGUUUAUUGUUAUGGCAAUACUUUGCUGUCAAAAAUUCCGCUCUUCAGUAACAGCUUUUCUGUGUCACCAUUCCAUGCUGGAUUUCCUAAAGGCUAUUUACUGUGUUCCUUUUGGUUACAGUCUCCUUCAUGGCCGAGAGCCCAACCACUGUAAUCUGAUUGGAGCGUCUUACAUCGUCAUAGUAACCACUUCUGCUUACAAUCUGUUGGGGCUGAUUGUCAAUGAAGAAUAUCAGCUGACGGAUUAUGGUCCAAAACGCCAAAGUAAUUAUUGCUGCGUUUUGUUUGGAGUUUUCAUGAUUUGGUUUUCUAGUGUGCUCCUUAACCUUGGUGUUGCAUUUAUUCCAGGAAAUCCUGAAUAUAAUUAUGAUAUUGGAAAUUGCAUUUUCACAUAUGGAAUUCCUAACAAUUUCGUUUUACAUGUCUUGUGGAUGGUACUUAUGACGGCAGCCAUAUUGUUGGCGUAUUUGUGCUCGUUCAUACUCUACCGGAAAAUAGUCCGCAGGUCUCGUGGCCACAAGUGGGCCUACAUACAUCGCUCAGUUUCAAGGGAGAUAAAUUCAACAUCUGGUUCCACUGAAAGUAUCAAUAAUGCAGAUUCUGAUGAUGAUGUGCUUCAGCCUAGAAAAUGUUAUGCUCACCUCCAUUUGCGAAGAGUUAUUAUAAUGGCCUCUCUAAUCACAGCAUUUGUGGUUUUCUGGUAUCCUGUUUUUAUUCUCACACUGGCAGAUCCCAAGUAUCGAGGGCCUAAAAAACUCUAUCAAGCUUUAACAAUCUUGGCCUGGAGCCAGCCAGUGAUUACACCAGUUUUCUCUAUUCUUAUUCUUCACGACAUUGGUUGCAUUCACCACAUGUCACGUGAUGUAUAUGUAAAUGAAAUCCCACUGCACACCACCAAUGACACGAUAGAACAACCUACUGGCCAUCUGACAUUUUCAUGGAACGCUGCGGAUAACGUGAUAUUUAACGAGCACUUUGUUUCGGAAAAUCAGCCAAAUAUUGUACUCCCGCCUCGCCUAGCAACCGCAGAAAACAGCUCCCUUGGGACACCAACUUCAUCAAUGACUGGACGGAGGCCAUCGUCUUUAGACUACAGACCCAGCACAGCAAGCAUUAACUAACCUGACAAGCCUGUCUUGUGCCUAUCGUCGUUAGCGGUUGACAAAGAAAACAUUAAAGUUUAAAUGAUGGAUAACAGUUACAUGCACCUUACCGUAAACAUGCUGAUAAAUACUGCUCUUAGAACACAUACUUCCAAAAGGCCUCUAAUUCAACUUACUUUAUGUAGCUACAAGCCAGUCAUAUGAAGAACAAAUGCUAAUUUUUCAGCUAACAUGUACAAACAGCACCGAACAAGUAUGAUAUACAAAUCCCACUCUAAGCAGGAUUGUGAUACAAGUCAUCCCAGUUUGAUUUAUAUUAAUAGACUGUUCUUACUAUACCAGCACUCUGCUUUAUUGCAAUUCUAAUACUUUUGUAUAGAUGUCAAUUUCUCCAUAAUAAAACAACUGUUGAAUGCUUGAUCAAUGUUUUCACUUAAAAAAGUUUUUCUCUAAGGUAUUUGCUGGAUUACAAUAGUGAGUUGUGUUUUUAAGAAAAAAUGGAUUUUUGUUAAAUCUGCAUAUAUCUUACUGUAAUAGGCUUGUCCCUUCUUCAGCUAUACGGAGGUUAGAAGCUGGGAAGUUUUACAUUUAAAGAGGCUACACCAAAGAUUUUUGACAAAAAAUUCAAAUUUUUUAAUCAAACCAUAUUUACAAAGAAUAGCUCAAAUGACUGGUUCUCAGUAUAUAUCAGACUUGUACCUGAACUAUUUAGAGUGUUAAAAUGAUUCUAAAGUUUGAAAAAGCUAUAAUGCCAUCUGUUUUUGGGAACUUUAUUACCAAUUUUGAACGGUAACACGUGCAUAGACAAGGCUGAUAUUUUGUGAAAUGUAAUUAUUUGGGUCAUUCUAAAAAUAAUAGCAAAAUUUCAUUUGGAUUUGCACUGAUAAGAUUUUUGUCAAAAAUCCCCGGUUUAAGCUCUUCAGUAUCUAAAUUGCUCUGUCUAUAUUGUUUAUGUUUUAAAGUUAAACUGAAUAAAACAUGUC